AUGGUGAUAUGGGAGCUGCGGGGAUCUGGUAUGGAGAUAUGGGAUCUGGGAGGAUCUGGCAUGGAGGUAUGCGAUCUGGGGGGAUCCGGGAUGGAGGCGUGCAAGCUGGGGGGAUCUGGGAUGGAGGUGUGGGAGCUGGGGGGACCUGAGAUGGAGAAAUACUACCCACCAGACUUCGAUCCUGCUAAGAUCCCAAAACUCAAACUCCCGAAGGACCGGCAGUAUGUGGUGCGGCUCAUGGCUCCCUUCAACAUGCGAUGCAAGACAUGCGGUGAAUACAUCUAUAAGGGGAAGAAGUUCAAUGCCCGUAAGGAGACUGUUCAGAAUGAGGUGUACUUGGGACUUCCCAUCUUCCGCUUCUACAUCAAGUGCACACGUUGCCUGGCAGAGAUCACUUUCAAGACAGAUCCUGAGAACACGGACUACACCAUGGAGCAUGGGGCCACUCGCAACUUUCAAGCUGAGAAGCUCUUGGAAGAAGAAGAGAAGAGAAUGCAGAAGGAGAGGGAAGACGAAGAGCUAAACAAUCCCAUGAAGGUCCUGGAGAACCGAACCAAGGACUCCAAGCUGGAGAUGGAGGUUCUGGAGAACCUGCAGGAACUGAAAGAGCUCAACCAGCGUCAGGCGAAUGUGGACUUCGAGGCCAUGCUGCAGCAGUACAAGGAGUAUGAGGAGGAGCAGAAGCGCAAGGAGCAGGAGGAGGAUGAGCAAGAGAUGAAAGCUAUGCUGGAGGAGGCCCAGAAUCGGCGGCUGCUGGUCGACUCUGACUCUGAUGAAGAGCCUGCCAAAGUCCGCACAAAGCCAGAGGCAAAAAUGAAACCUACGGACAUCCUUCAGGAGGACCCCCAGCCCCAGGCUAAGAAGCUGAAGACUGAAAGCUGGGAGCGGAGCGUGGGCACGUUGAACAGCAAGUCCCAGCUGGCUGGGCUGGUCACAGUGAGGAAGCCGAAGCCGGGUGCCACCCUGGCUAACGGGACAGAGAAGCAAGGCGCCACGGCCUGCACUGGCUCGUUUCCCACAGCAACGGGCAGCACGUCCUCCCUCGGCUUGUUGGGGGCGUAUUCGGACAGCGAGGACAGCACGAGUGACUGACGUGCCACCGAGCCAGGGCCGACAGUGGGGAUCGCGGGCUGUUCUUCCCCUCCCACUUCACAGCCAGCCCGGCACAGAGCUGGCUUCGCUGCGUUCAGGCCCCAGCGGAGUUUCCAAGCCGCCUGCACACAGGCCGGCCAUCUGGAGUCCCAGCGUCUUCAUGCAGGGAACGCCAGGGUGCGUAGCCAUCCUCAGAGGGGAACGCUGUGCCUAGGACAACGCUGCCCUCGCCCCAAGCUCUGUCUUGCCAGACCCUGGCAGCUGGCACCGUUUAACAGCGCCAGCAAGCUGAACCUGGGGUGAAUUGGAUAAACGGUUUCCUAUUAUGAGGAUAUCGCUGCUUGGUUGCAGCGUGUGGAAAGCCCUGAUGCUGUUCGUGCCCAGACUCAGCUUCCAGCCAGCCCCAGGGAGUGUGAUGGGGCCUAGCCCUGCUCCUGUAAUGUAUUUGGGAGCCCCAGGGCCUGCCGAGACAGUGCGGUUGGUUUUGCUGGUCCCCGCUGUCCUCUCCCGUGCUGUGGCUUUCCCUAUGCCCGGUUGUGUGACUCACCAGUGCUCUGACUGCAAAUAAAGGGACCUCAGGGCCUUUCUCCCUUUCUGCCUUGUGUCUCAGGGAGCAGAGGGAAGGCAAAAGCUCAACAUUCCUCUUUUGCCAGCGAAGCUCCCCCUCCCUUCGCUUCCCUAGCCCUGGGUGUCUCCUGCCCCCCUUGCGUGGGGCUCAGCUCCCCCCGUUGCCUCCUUUGUGAGAUGAGCCUGAAUCCCCUGUUGCUUUUCUGUUGGAUGAGAGGCCAAAUGCUGCAGCACUGAUCCUGGGAGGGCUUGUCCCCCCGGGCCCCUUCCCCUGCCAGAGCUGGGCUUGAUCCUACUGCUGCCCUGGGCUCAUGUCCCUGCACCAGCUGGGUGCGGACACCUGGCCUGUGUGUCUGGGUAGGUCUGGGGGUCCAGCCAGGGUCUGGGGACCCCAUCGUGCAGGGAUGAGGAUGUCCCAGCUGGGCUGACACCAGCCUUCCUGCACCCCAGCUGUCCCCGGCAGCUCUGUGCUAAACCCAUCUCCGCUCCUCGUGUUCAGGGAGCAAUUGCAUUUCCUCUGCUCACAACCAGGUAAUAAAGUGGAUGUGUCAGAGCCUGUCA